GCUUUGUUGGUUCGUUCUAAAAGGAAAUUGGAACUUGUUUUAUUUUGGGUUAAAAUUGUUAAAAGCAUUAAGAGGUUAGUCAAAGGAAAAGACGCGUUUUUAAGGGGGGUUUGGGGUUGCCCGUGUCCUUUUGUUGUUCUUAUUGAUCUGUUGUGUAAAACAAAGCACUUGGUGUUAAUUGAAGUUAUUUGCAAUAUAUUUGAUUGGUUUUCUUUUGCGGGUGACUGAUUUUGUUGUCAUUUAGAGUAUGCUAAAGUGAAUGGAGAAUUGCUUGCUAAAAGAGGUGAAAGGGCUGCCAAAUUAUGUAAUUUUUUAGAUCUAGUUCGAGAAAUUUUCUUAUUUUCCUACUGCUUUCGGAGAUCGACGAUGUAGACCAAACUUAUGUUUGGUUUUUGGUGGAUUUUGAACUGUUAGUAGGGAAAAUAGUGGAUGCAAUGGAUUAUUUCUUUUGACAGGUAAAAGGAGGAAUCAUUCUUUUUGACUAAUUAUGUUUCUCUGUCACAUUAUAAGUGUUUGAAUGUCACCUCUGGGAUCGGUACCAUUCUUCUACGGUUGCAGAGUGUAGAUAAGGUAUCCGGAAUGUUUGUAUUACUGGUAAAAAUGUUGUAGGCACAUGGAGUUCUCCCAUUUGGAAUUGAUAAAGAGGAGUUAGAGCUGAAAAAUCUUUUAGAAACAUACAAUUUAUAGAUUAUAAAAAACAGGCUCCUUGUUUAUUCCGUGCAGCAGAGUGAAGUCAUUGGUUUAAGAUCAUGUUACGAGCAAAGCAUAUCGGUAAUCUCUCCAAUGGUGCAAGGACAUUUCUAUUUAGUGGCUCACGAGGUACUGCUGCAGAUGGGAAUUCAUGCACGUGCCCUGAAGACGAGUCCUGUGUUUCAAGAAGGCAGAACAUAAGAAAUGAAGCUUUGUCAAAAUCCUCAUCCAGGGGAGCUCUGAAGUUGGCGAUUGUAUCCCAAGCUGUUGAUUCUCAUGAAGCUGAGAGAGUACCACAGCUUGUCUCCAAUCCUAUUCCGUUGCGUAGAUCUAACAUUGUAAAUUCUGCCGGCAGCGCUAAUGCUAUUCAACAUGAUGAACAUGCAUCAGCUACUAUUUCUGACCAAUUUGUUAAAGUUGGCAUUGAAGCUGUAUCGUUCUUGUCCGACCUGAUGAAUUAUAAGCUUCCUUUGUCUGAUGGGGGUACGAUAUUAGGCUCACCUGGACGUUGUGUGGUCGAAUCAACAAGGUCACUUCCAAAUAUAAAAUCCCCAGCUUUCAGGUCUGUCAAACGAGAGAACAUUGCCAAAGUCAAUCCGAAACCAUCAUCUGAAAUAGCGGCUGGGGAUAAAUCAACAGUUAGCUACAAUGGUACGAAAGAUAGAGGUAAUAAUAAAUCCAAUUUUGUUAGAGGUUACAAGCGAGUUUCAAAUGCGGAAUUUGUGGAUUCAUCAGAAACUCAUAGUAGUUCUGCAAACACUUAUGAUAGGAGGAAGCCUAUACCACAGAGAGUGAAAGCUCAGUCUCAUCAUUUUAUGUCGAACUUGAAUUCCAAUGUAAUACCUUCUCAUGCAAAGGUUUCGGAUCCUGGCAUAGAUGGUUUUAGGAAAUCCUUUAGAGACAUGAAAACGGCAACCACCGGAGUUUGUAUGACCAGACCUUUAGGAGGCAUGGGGCAUGUUGUGGAAAGUGUAUCCCAGAUAUUGCGACAGCUGAAGUGGGGCUCUGCUGCCGAGCAAGCUCUUAAAAAUCUCAACUUUUCAAUGGAUGCAUAUCAAGCGAACCAAGUGCUAAAGCAAAUACAAGAUCCUGCAGUUGCUCUUGGCUUUUUCUAUUGGUUAAAAAAGCAGGCUGGAUUCAAGCAUGAUGGUCAUACAUACACUACCAUGGUGGGUAUCCUUGGUCGUGCAAGGCAGUUCGGGUCAAUAAAUAGAUUGCUUGAUCAGAUGGUGAAGGAUGAAUGUCAGCCAAAUGUUGUGACAUACAAUCGUCUUAUUCAUAGUUAUGGGCGUGCAAAUUACUUGAAUGAAGCUAUGAACGUGUUCAAUCAAAUGCAGGAAAUAGGUUGUGAACCUGAUCGUGUCACGUAUUGUACUCUUAUUGAUAUCCACGCCAAAGCCGGGUUUCUUGAUGUUGCCAUGGACUUGUACCAAAGAAUGCAAGCAGUUGGCCUUUCGCCUGAUACCUUCACUUAUAGUGUGAUAAUCAACUGUCUCGGAAAAGCUGGGCACUUACCCGCUGCCGACAGGCUGUUUUGUGAAAUGGUCGAUCAUGGUUGUGUUCCUAAUCUAGUUACUUACAACAUCAUGAUUGCUUUACAAGCAAAGGCAAGAAACUAUGACAGCGCAUUAAAACUUUACCGUGAUAUGCAGAAUGCUGGAUUUGAACCUGACAAGGUCACGUACAGCAUAGUAAUGGAGGUGCUUGGACACUGUGGAUAUUUGGAUGAAGCAGAAGCAAUUUUCGGUGAGAUGAAAAGGAAAAACUGGGUGCCAGAUGAACCUGUUUACGGCCUGCUGGUUGACUUAUGGGGUAAGGCCGGUAAUAUUGAGAAGGCUUGGCGAUGGUAUCAGGCCAUGCUGCAAGCUGGGUUGCGCCCCAAUGUUCCUACUUACAAUUCUUUGCUCAGCGCUUUCCUUCGAGUACACAGGUUGCCUGAUGCUUAUAACUUGCUACAAAGCAUGCUGGAUUUGGGUUUAAAUCCUUCUCUGCAAACUUAUACCUUGCUCCUGAGUUAUUGUACAGAAGCCAGGUCACCAUAUGAUAUGGGGAUUUGUUCCCAGCUCAUGGCUGUCACAGGUCAUCCCGCACAUAUGUUUCUGCUGUCUAUGCCUUCAGCAGGACCUGAUGGCCGAAAUGUGCGGGACCAUGUGGAUAAGUUCUUGGAUAUGAUGCACAGUGAGGAUAGAGAGAGCAAGAGGGGGCUGGUGGAUGCUGUUGUGGAUUUUCUUCACAAAUCGGGGCUUAAGGAGGAAGCUGGGUCUGUUUGGGAGGUAGCUGCAGAGAAAAAUGUGUACCCAGACGCUGUUAGAGAGAAAAGCUCCUGUUAUUGGCUAAUCAACCUACAUGUGAUGUCGGAUGGUACUGCUGUAACAGCAUUGUCUAGGACACUUGCCUGGUUUCGCCAGCAAAUUCUAGUUUCUGGUAUCAGUCCCAGCAGGAUUGAUAUAGUGACUGGAUGGGGCAGGCGGAGCAGGGUUACCGGAUCAUCACUUGUGAGACAAGCUGUUCAGGAUCUUCUCAGUAUUUUUAGCUUUCCAUUUUUCACCGAGAAUGGCAAUUCCGGGUGUUUCGUAGGGUGUGGAGAGCCUCUUAACAGAUGGUUACUUCAAUCAUACGUGGAGCGGAUGCAUUUACUUUAGCUUGCCGUCCUCGUAGCACAACAGAAUUUUGUUGGAGGAUGUAGAAGAGGAAGAGGUUUUGUAUAUUUAUUUAAAUUAUUCGCAGCCUUUCAAAGGAAGUUAAAUAAGGAGCUGAUGGCAGCUUCUUCAUCAUGUUACAGUUAAGAUUAGCUUUUGAUUGAAAAUUCAAACCCCGAUAUUGGAUCCAAGUGCUAUGCAAUGGCGACCGGUCUAUUGAGCAGCAGGAUAUAUAUUGAUAUAUAUAGUGUUAAUGGCAAAAACUUUUGCCUUAGAAGUUUAUGUAAAUGAUCCAACUUGAACAGGGAAUUUGCAGACAGAUUUGUCAUUUUUCUAUUUUUUAAAAUUUCAGUAUGUGAUGAUUUUAACCCUUCCA